GGGAGGGAAAACGACGAAAUUCGCAGAGAUACCGAGAAAUUAGGCUCACCGGGUUGACGAUAAAAGAAGCAGAAGCUGGAAAGGGGUAAAGGGAGAAAGGAGAAAGAUGGAGUGGUGGGUGUCGAUUCCAAAGAUUGAACUUCACGCUCACCUCAAUGGAUCCAUCAGGGACUCAACACUCCUGGAACUUGCUAGAGUGCUGGGUGAGAGGGGUACUAUACUUUUCUCAGAUGUGGAGCAUGUUAUAAGGAAAAAUGACCGAUCUUUGACUGAAGUGUUCAAGUUGUUUGACCUCAUCCAUAUUCUUACCACUGAUCACUCAACUGUUACAAGAAUUACUAAGGAAGUUGUUGAAGAUUUUGCUUCUGAGAAUGUUGUAUAUCUAGAGCUAAGAACAACUCCCAAGAGAAAGGAUUCUGUAGGAAUGAGUAAGCGCUCUUAUAUGGAAGCAGUGAUUGAGGGUUUAAGAGCAGUCAGUGCAGUUGAUGUUGAUUUUGCUCCUGAUAAUUCUCAGACCAGAAGUUUUCCAUCUAUUGAUGAUACACAAAUUCAAACUACAAGGAAGAAGAUAUAUGUCAGACUUCUUCUCAGUAUUGAUCGCCGUGAAAGCACGGAAGCUGCCAUGGAAACUAUUAAGCUUGCCCUUGAAAUGAGGCAUUUAGGGGUAGUUGGCAUUGACCUUUCUGGGAAUCCAAUUGUGGGCGAAUGGAGUACAUUCAUGCCAGCAUUGAAGUUCGCUAGGGAGCAAGGUCUCUUCAUAACUCUUCACUGUGGGGAGGUACCCAACCGGGCGGAGAUAAAUGCAAUGCUAGACUUUUUACCACAAAGGAUUGGCCAUGCUUGCUGGCUUGUGGAGGAAGAAUGGAGAAAAUUGAAGUCAUCAAAAAUCCCAGUUGAGAUUUGCUUGACAUCUAAUAUCACAACUGCAUCAGUUUCCUCUAUAGAUAUUCAUCAUUUUAUUGAUCUAUACAAUUCAAAGCAUCCUUUGAUCCUGUGCACUGAUGAUUCCGGGGUUUUCUCCACCAGCCUUUCCAGGGAGUACAAGCUUGCUUCCUCUGCAUUUGGUCUUGGAAGUACCGAAAUGUUCCAGCUAGCUAAAACUGCAAUUGAUUUCAUAUUUGCGGAUGAUGGAGUAAAGAAGGAUUUAAUCAAGAUUUUUGAAUCAGCCUCAGAGAAGCUGGGAUCCUAACAAAUGACACCUCAAUGUUCAUCAUGCCCACCUCAUUUUAGCUCAUUGUUGUCAGUAGCGACAUUUUUAAUUAAGUUCAAGUUACAAGAACCCUAAUUUGUAGUUUGUGACCAAUUUUUAUUAUGUUCUUGAUAUUUUAGUUUGAAAAACCUGAGCUGCAAGGAUAUCCAAAUCAUCAUAAAUCAGAUACAAAUCU